CGCAUGCGCACAACAUCCCCCUCGCCCGUCUCUCUGCGGUUAGCUCGAAGCUAAAGCUAAAAACAACGUGAGCAUGUACAAAAUGCACCGGCUCAGAGAUCUGCUGAACGAGAGGCUGAUUGCGGCUGCGGAGGAGAUCUUUGCGCUGUUUGAAGGGACGAUAGCGGAAUAUGAAGAGGAACUGCGCCGCUUCAAAGAGGAGAACCAGAGGAAACAGGAGGCCCUGGACUCGGUUCUGAACCCGAAAGUCGUGCUGCACAGAGCGGCACCAGCACAGUCCGUGUCCAGACUGCCACUAUUACCCCACUCAUAUGAGAUUACACCCUCAUCUACCGCCAGCGUUCAGAUUCCCUCAGUGAAAACUCUGACUGUCCCUGAUGAGAUUAAAGAGGAGCCAGAGGAACAGACCGUCAAACAGGAGGAAGAACAGCUACAAGUGCUUGUCCCAGAGUUCAGUGGAGUCCAUGUGAAGACAGAAGUGUCCUCACCGUUUGAACAAAGACAAAGUGAACCCAGAGAGGACACACUGGGAGAGGACAUUAGGACUGAGGGAGACACAGAGCUCUUUGACAAUGAUGAAGCCUGGAGAGCUCCAUUCAGCUGUUCAGAGGCUAAUGGAGACCACUACAACCAAGUCCAGGUCAGAGCCACUACAGAAAACUCCAGUCUAUUCCCCAUAUACAAGUCUGCCCCAGAGACCAGUGACGACAAUGGAGACAUGUCAGGAACAGCCGAAGGAGCAGAGAGGAAGAAACACCAAUGCUCUAUUUGUCUAAAGAGAUUUGCGAGAAACCGAAAUUUAAAAAUCCACUUUAGACUUCACUCGGGGGAAAGACCACACAGCUGUUCCUUCUGUAGUAAAACUUUUGCCCAAAUUGCAGCACUGAAGUACCACUUAGUAACACAUACAGGAGAAGUACCGCUCAGUUGUCCGGUCUGUGACAAAGGAUUUCGGAUAAGCUCUCAUCUUAAAGCCCACAUGACCACGCACACAGGUGAAAAACCUUACAGCUGUUCCUUCUGUCUGAAGUCUUUUUCACAGAAGAGUCAUCUGACAAUACACAGGAAAAUACACACAGGGGAGAAACCAUUCAGCUGUUCGCUCUGUGACAGGACCUUUCUUCGGUCGGAGGGUCUGCGGUCACACAUGGCAACGCACCGGUAAAAAAACAGCAGGGAUAAAGCAACAAGCGCCGUUCUCUGAUGACAUCAUUGAAUUAUUCUUAAAGAGGGGGUAUUUUGUGAAAUCAUUUUUCUGUGUUACCAUGUUAUAACAUUGUUCCCUCAUCAAAAGCAUGUCUAAAGAUGUUUUAGAUGUCAUCCAUGCAUGUUUCAAGAAUUGAAUGAUCUUUCCCGGGCUCUAUUCAAACCCUCCUUACGGUUCGCUGUAAGAUUCUGUCCAAUAUUCCACCCCCAAGCCUACAUCGCCCACACAUGACAACUGUCCAUAAAUCAACUAAAACAUAAUACAAAACUCUACACAACAACUUGACAAACCUGAUAAGAUGUGCAGUAGUUUCAUUAGUGGGAUGAACGCUGAUUGUGUUGUGAUAGUGCUCUGAAGCGGGGUGACUUAGCGUGGAGAGCACACUAUUUUCAACAAGUAAGAUUUUCAAAACAAUAAAAGGUAACAUGGUCAUCUAAAUACAGUAUGUGUUAGCAGAUAAUACCCCAGAGAAGUAAAAAUAGCCCCUCUUUCAGCUUCAGAACAUGUUUGUAGAGAUGUAAACUCCAGGAUUAGCGGUGUGUGCACAUAUACAUAACAUGACUCUACAACGAUAAAGACACAAAACAUUCUGACCUUAAGACAGACGCAACUGAGCACUGUCAUUAAAGUGGUGUAAUUAUAACUUCUGUAUUCUGUAUCUAUAUUUGUUGUAGUAGCAGCAUGUGUGAUAGACUAUUUAAUGUGACAUUAUCACUAUGGCCUUAAAAGAGAAGCUCUUUUUCCCUUGAACAUAUUUAAAUGCUGUCAGAAUGAACAUUAGGUCAUAGUUUGGCUGAAAAUGAACUCUUAUGUGAAUUGUCUGUUCAUUGUUUAUUUUCAACUUUUCUAAUCAAUAUUAGGUUGGUGGAGCCUGUUUUCCAUUCAAAACUGUACAGUUCCAUCAAUAAAGAAAGUGUUCAAAAAUGGA